AUGACGCAACGAGAUGCAGAUCCGCUCUUGGAAGAAGGAGCUGACGAUGACCAUGUAUUCAUGUUGGAUGAUGACGCGCAGUAUGUGAUGCCCCAGCCUCGGCGCUACUUGUAUGCGCCUAUAUCGUACGAGCAAGCCAUGAGGCCACAGCGCUCUAAAUGGGAUCUCAUGUAUUGGUAUGAGCUAGCGAGGGAGCAUCGUCAUAUUCUAGACAUGUUCCGCCCAUCCGACCGAGUCAAGGCAGCAGUCAGCCGCGUGUAUGCAACGCUGUGUGUCUUAUGGCCUCAAAACCGCAUGCACCAGACGAUUCUGAUCGUGUUUUCCUUGUGGAUCUUACUGAGUUACGCCAACUGGGCCGUCAGCGAGGCGUUGCCUAAAUCCAAGAAAGAAGACCUCAUGGUGUACUGGGACUUUGGAUCGCGUCUUCAGCAUGACCUCGAAAACAUCACACUGGAACCACGUCCCGGGCACGGUACCAUAGCGCAACGGGCCGACUGGCGCUUCCUGCGGUGCUACUCGACGCAUCGUCCACUACGCUUUGUUGAUGCCGUCGCGUGCCAAAAGCAUUGGAACUUUACCAUGGCGGCAUUCCCCGCGAAUGACUCACUGCAAUCCACAGACCACUCCUACAUCUACGUGAACCCUGUACUGAAAGAAGCCCUGGACUGGUACCCGACAAAGCGUGCCGAUGAGGACGCGGACUUCCAGGCACGUCCAUCCGCCAAGGCGCCGGCCAAUGUGUACAUUGUGUCACAUGCGACACCUGAAGCUGAUCCAUUGCAGAAUCACAUCUUCGUGGACGUCAUUGCCACAUACGACAAACAAGCAUGGCCGCUGUUCGCCCAUGCAUUUGUUGCGAAAAUGUCUCACGGAUUGUUUUCAGAAGGGCUUGAAAUCGUCACUGACGAGCGUCCUGUCGCGGACUACUCAAGCCCUGGCCAUGAUCCCUUGCGCUUCGACAUCCUAGUCUCGGUGCCUGCGGGGCAUCCCAUCUCGGGUCUCUCGAUCGACAUGAACGAGGGCGACGUCCAUGUGUUGACACAGUAUGCAUUCGAGGAGGCGAAGCGGAUCAGGCGCCUGGCCAAUGGCCAGCAGCGAAGUGUCUUUUCCUGGUUGUACUUCCAAAAAGACGACGACGUGGUCCUCUCGCCCGCCGAGUUCGCACAGAUGCAACAGCUCGCGGCGCACGAACACUUUUUCGGCCAUCUGAACAUGUAUACGCGAUAUGGCGGCAUGUAUUUGGCAGGCUAUCUUCGUGCGAGCUCAGAAAUCAUCGCACGUGCGGUGCAUGGUGUCGUCCAAAGUGCAUCGAACCUCUUGGCCAAUGACAUUUAUUUGUGGACAGAGAAGGGCGACGUCACUCUCUUGCCCAAUGCCACCGUGUAUGCGAAUUCACUCCUUCAUAUGGCAUCUCACACUGGCUCCAUUGUCUCGCAUAAUCAAACAGAAGUCUUUGGCACCAAAACCACCGUCAAGACGCACGAUGGCUCCAUCGAGGGCCCUGCGCUCUGGCAUGCGAACUUCUCCCUUGCGAUGCAGUCAGAAAAUGGCCCCAUUGAUGCUGCGGUCUCUGUCGAAAAGCCGCAGCUUAUGUACGUGCCUUACGACGACUUUUUGCGUACAGAACAAGGCCGUCGUGUCGAGACCCAGUUCCACACUCAUUCCGGCGCCGUGUCAGUCAACUAUGUGGCGCAUACGCCAGGUGUGCCGCUCAAAUCGAGUGUGUCAAGCGACGAAGGCGACGUCCAUGUUCGCCUCCAUUCCAACUUUGAAGGACCCUGGCGUGUGCAGGGCACACACAUCGCUAUGUCCGCGCCCAACAUGCCGGCUGGCCGGCAUUUCGAGACUUUGACAUCCCACCAAGACGAGGCUCCUGAGUGGCUUACCGGCCGCGUGCUGUAUGAUGCAGAUGCUCGUGGUCCCUCGCCUCCUACUGAUGAAAAGACGCCCGUCCAUCUAGAACCAGGAAAGACGCCUCUGGACUAUGGCGCUGACUCUUUGGUCCAGUCUGAUGGUGCCCGAGCGUCCUUGUCGUUUGUAUAG